UAAGCUUCAACAUGACCGCAGUUGUAGGACGAGUUUGGGGGUGGGUCAGUCCAGCAAAUCUUUAUUCGUCUUGGGGCAGUAGGACCAAACCAGAGACACCCGUCACCAUUAAACAUGAAACAAAAAGCAGGUGGAGUUUAUGGGGACUGACUUCCUUGGUUUGGAGGGGUGAGAAUGCCAAAAAGGACCAAAAGACAAUCACUGAGGAAUUCUGGGAAACCCAGGAGCAUUUCAAGCCUUUGGAAGUAGAGGAGCUUCGGGCAUUGAGGCCUGAUUUAGAGACUGAGAAGGUUGUGGUGCAGAGCUCCCCAAGCUGGUGGAGGCGAAUGCUUCCCUCCAGAUACUUUUUUUGGCCCCGGUGGUCAUCGUCGUCAUCCACCAAACUUCGUCAGCAGAAAUGUGCUGGGUGGAAUGAAGGGACAUGGGACAGUGAUGAAGUUGAUGGAGAAUCAGACUACGGGACGCCCCCGCCAUCUCCUAUGCCACUGUCCCAAAAGGCAGCAUUCCGAUUCUUCUCUCGCUCGUGGACAGGGAACAUCAUGCCUGAACAUUAUGACAUUUGUUUUAAUUUCCUCCGACAUCUUUUUGACUUAUUCGUAGUAGGCUUCCUGAGUACUGUAUCCCCUCCAACCAAGGUCAUUUUGGACGUGCUGGGGGUGCAGGGGGCACUGAAGCUGUGGCUCCAUGGGAUGGCCAUGUUUCUAGUGUCAGCUGUUGGAAUGGCUGGACUGCUGUGGGUGGUACAGGAGUACCUGCUGCCGUUUGCUUUGAUUUAUGGCAUAAUUCAAGCAAUGGUCAUCUCUGUCAGUGUUCGUCAGAGUGAAGCUCUGGCAGAAGGGGACGAUGGGAAAGGUGACGAAGAGGUCGCAGAGGGUGAGGAGGAACAAGCUGACAUAUGGGAGCAGAAUGAACCACAGCAGACUGCAGAUGAAAGCAACAAAGGAGUUAAAAAAAGAAGUUGAAGUCUUGGGAGAAGUUUAUUUUGGGAUGCUGACAUACUGAAAACCGAAGAUAUUUCAACAAAGAUUGCCACUUUCAUCAGCACCGACCAACAAGUUUCUUAUCAGCAAUUGAAAAGCACCCUAAAUGCACCAGCACCUCGUUUUCUCUCCACUGAUGAACUUUUUUUUUUUCAGAUUUAAAAUAUACAUCUAAUUUACCCCCCAAAAAAUGUUUGCAUAUCCCACCAGCACAAGACGUGGAUGAGGAAAAACACUAAUAUUGAAAAGCAACUAUGACAACCUGCAGAAAAAUGAGGAAAAAGUCACCCACAAAACUGAAGAACCAGCAUUGAAUGACUGAUUGAUUGUCAGGAAUAUUACAGAGACUUCGAAUAGAAUGCCACAUGAUUUCAAAGGCUUAACCAAGUUAAACAAUAAGUUGAUUUUAUGUCCACGCUGUAUGUACUGCACAUCUGCAUGUGUCACUUUAAUCAUAGCUGGGUGUUGCCUCAAAAAGCGUCUCUGGAUUGUUCAUAUCUUAUGUGUGCUGGUCCGUAUAAUGGAUUGAGUCCAUUAUAUCUACCAUCCUUCAUUCAACCCAUUUGUCCACUCACAAACUUUCUCAAUGAACUUUUAUAAAGCUGUUGUAAAGGAUCUGGAUGCUAAUUAUACUUAAACCACUUUUCACAAGCAGCAAACCUGCAUUCUACAUUAUUGAUUAUAUUUUCCAAUCUUUAAACCUGUUAAACAUGGCAUUAAAACCACUCUGUUUGACAAAUUUAAUGUAAGCUUCAUCAAAGCAUGUUUCUGAUUGACUUAAAAUGUAUUGCCAUUCUUAUUUUCAAUCGAUUAUAUCUUUUGUGCCUCAUAAUGUCUGGUAUUUUGGCCAGUUCACAGGGAAUUAUGGGUAACGAAGUUUAGUAAUUUUGCACAGCCGCAUUAUAUCCAAUGCUUUGUAGCACAAAUGUGUUUCGCGCUUGCAAGAAUAGCUUUCUCUUCCCGAAUGUGUUCAACAAAUAGCUUUUAAUCUAUGCAUGUUACGAUAGAACUACGAAAAACUCUUUCUUACAUUGUGAAUGACUUUAUAUCUUUGAGGUACUGGCUCGAACGUUGGUCACGUUUGUUAUUUAAGCAUUAAAAUUAAAGUAGCUCUAGACUUGUCGUUUACUUUGAGCAAUGCAAGAAAACAUGUAACCUUUUGAAGGGUCUUUAAAAUGUGUUUUUCAUUUUUGUAAGUCUCGAAUCCGCCAACGUGUGGACCACUGCUGAAGCCUAGAAGGCUGUGAAGAGUAAUGAAAUCUGGUGUAGGGUGAUGUCGAUUGCAGCUCAGAGAUUGAUGUAUUAAAGAUGGUGGGACACAGAGAGAUCUACAUCUACAGUUCUUAAGUGCUAAACACUGAGUCUUUAAUAGUCUUUACAGCUAAAAUAAACUUCCUUUCUCCACA